GAAGAACAAACCCGUGACUACGAGAAGUAGAAAUGGAAUUCUGGGUGCAGCUUCUACAAGCAGCGCUGGGCGUUUAACAUUCUCCCCCACCGCGCGCUUGCACGACCGCGCCACCGAGAGCAGCAGCCGUCGUCAACGUGCAGGCGGCGUGGCAAACAACCAACUACAGGCUGCUCCUCAUGUUGGUUCCCGCUGGAACGAAAUGGGUAUGGGUACCAAAAGCACCAAUCUGAGUAGGGGUAGGUCGGCACGUGGAUCAUCUCCUCUGGAUGGAGCAGGUGCAUCAAGGAGCAACUCCAGUAGUCUAUUUCUCGACGCAGGUGCGGCAGCUGGAGGAGGCAGCGGCAUGAUGACAGACUCGUGGGCCGCGCCCGGCAGCUGCAGAGCAGGCGAGAAUUCAUUCUUCACCGCAGCGUCGCCGAUCGAGGAUCUACAAAGGAAUUCGUUCAGAUUGGUUUCAACCUCAGCUGCCAUCAGUGCCGUGUAUCCAUCGCGUGACGCGAGCACUAUAGCAGAAAUCGCUGAGGUGCACGAAGAUGCUGUGGAACUCGCGGUCGAUGUGCGAGAAGAACAAGCGCAAAAAAAUUCAACGUAUUUUUGAAAUCUUUCAUAGUAAAGUUCUACAAAACUGUACUCCCAUAACAGGAACUUGGUAAGAAUUUUCUCCUUUGGCUUAGAGGUAUGCUGCAAGUGCAAAUUGGCUUCUUCCUUUAUAGGAUGAGGCUUAGGCGCAGCGACGCUCAAAGCGCAUAAGUAAAACAGCCAACUCGUUUUCCCUCUGAAUUUUAGGCUUCUUCCCUCAUGCAAUAGUAAGUUCUACAAAACUGUACUAAAUCUAGCCUUUGAAUUGAUGAUUGCUGUUUGAUAUGUUGCUGGAAACGAACAUGUAAACUUGCAUGCCGUCUACACGUUCUCAAAAGAUUUCGUUGUCAAGAACAGCGAUAAAUUAUGAUAUCUAUCUUUUCACUCCUGCUGCUGACGCGAUCGCUGACCCUUGCGAAUAAUGUUCUUAUUCAUGUUCAAUCUGUAGUGAAUGUGAAGAAAGUACGAGAUAGAACGACGUGCUCGCAGGUUAUUGGUACCUUCCUCGACGCCUUCUUUGGUGCGACGGUCGUCCAACUCGCGCCGAGGACACAUAUGCUCAAGCUCCCGACAUGGCUCCGCCAGGCGCGACCGAAAGCCACAUCAUGACGUAGCCCAUGGGUCGCCCGAUCGCACGUUUCGACCCAUACGCGAGAACCCUGAAAGAGAACAGGAAGCGGCGGCACUCGUUCGUGAAAUGCUAGAAGUGCAUCAAAAACGAGAUGGGCCACAUCUCGCCCUUUCACUAGAUGGAAGAACAAGCGCGCUGCACACUCCAACAUCUGCAACGACCACAUUUGGAUCCUCAAGUACGACUACUACAUGCGCUCCCCCUGGUGGAGGACGAGGCGUGAUUGGACGAUGUAGCGGAGGCUUACUGGGCCUCGGAACGACCACAGUGAGGCGUGCGGCAUCUCAAAAUGUGUCUUCCGGUGGGAGGGUAGUGGGAACUAAGCGUGUAAUGUCUGCCGUACCGCAGGGAAAGAGAGCACUGCAAGAUUCGUCACACCCGGGAGCAGCUGCGAAAGAGAUGUCUACAUCCUUGACGCAUUCUAGCAGUACCACUACGACGUGCAACAACCCAUCUUUCUCUCCACUCCUUAAUGUCGCAGGAAGUGCCUCCGCGUUCCAAAAGAGUGUGCCUGAGAAAGCAUUGGAAGAGCAGCCCAAACAGCGGCGACUACCAUCGUCUGGUAUGCUUGGAAUUUUUUCUGCUGGAGGAACUUCAACGGGUUCCUCGAGGAAUUUCUUCGGAGGACUACACUCGCCCUCGAAGCUGUUCUCGCAUGUCUUCCAACGCCAACCUAUCUCCCUUGGUUAUGCUCGACGACAGGAGCAGCAUGCUCCUCCGCCGCCGUACAGCAUGCAGUUUGCAUCUUUGUCCUCAUCCCUUCUUCAAGUGUCAGCGCAAGAUCGCGAACAGCAAAGCACUUCUUUCAUGAGUAACGUAGGUGGCGCAGGCGCUGGUGCGUGUGCUACCUCUCUUCCUCAUCCAACCGCCCCAGCACUCUCUCUCUUACCACCACCAGUGUUCCGAACCACUCCAGGAGGUCCAAUACAGAAUAUAGCAACGACAGCUUGCACAAAUUCAAGUGUUGCCUCUCCUACUGCGAUUGCCGUCGCUGACGCAAGAGUUCUUGUAAACCUCUCCUCCACGAGCCAAAGUCUUUUGGCGGCUAACGUCGCUCAACAAAUACGUCCUCUUCCACCGAUCAUGCAGUCUCCACUCUUAGCUGGCCGAGGGCUCGGUAUUAAGAUCAACCCUGGUGAUAAUUCAGGAGCAAAACGACACCCGGUCGCGCGUAGUCUGGCACUUCCUGUCGCGCCGUUCCCGCGCGCUUCAAAUCUUGAGAACCAGAGGGUAGCGUUAGUGGAGUCACGAGGUCUGUCUCAUGUUGUCUCCGUUUCUCAUCUUGCUUGUGCUGCAAACACAACGACAUUGAGUGGGCAAGGAAAUACUCUGCUCAGCUCGCACCACAACAACUAUGAAGAACCUUCAGAUAACAUACCAGUGCCAGCGGCGAUGCAUGAUCUUGAUCAUGUCCGGAUGGAGGAGCGAGAAGCCCAUCAACGGGUUGUGCCUCUCCCUGGAAAAAAUAACCCCGAGGACACUGGUCUUCGAGAACCCAACAGCACGACGGACCAGCGGCAUCAGCAGGCGGCCACGACUAGUCAGGUUCGGGGAGCGACUCCAGCACUGCAGAGAAAACUAUCGCGUCAACUUGCGCAGCAACGUUUGGGUUCUGCUUCGAGAACAAGUGGCGGCACGCCAUUAAUGGAGAGUCGCCAUCGGAGCACAACGCCAGGCCCUAGCACGACCAUCAAUUCAGCCCAUCUUCAACCCAGCAAAAAGAACAUGAAGGAGCACUCGAGUACAACAAAUCGAAAUCAUGUGAUUGCUGUGGGACCCAACGGCGAAGAGAUCCAGGUAAACAUUCCGCCAGUGAAUCCCGGAGCUUCUCCCGAGCGACCGCCCCGGCCCGCACUUCGUCAUGCGAAUGGCAAUCUUGUUGCUGACAGCGUUCCUAGGUACAGACGAUACGGCACCGACUCGCAGCAGCACGGUGGUACUGGUGCACCACUUGAGCUUUUUCCAGCAUUUUCUGGAUUCAAUGCUCUUCACCCAGCAAGAGCUCCUUUGCUUCUUCCCGCUUUUCGAGGCAAACAAUGACGAUUUUCUAGGCUAGCUCGCGAUCCGGAUGGAGGUGGUGCGAAACCUCAUUCGAUUGACACGCCCAACCCUCGACCAAGUUUUUCGAGCCCUGACUAAAGAGGAGCCGCAGAAGAAGAACGAAUCAGCAUGAUAGGCGGGGACGGCGAAGGCAUUCGUGAAAGGAGCCGCAAACAAGUAAACAUAUUCACAUUUCUUGCUUAAAUGAGCACGCAUUUAUUAGAAGACAUAAAUAUCCAGAAACUUCAACGCUUACCACGCUCAAUAACAUUGCAUUCAUAAGAACAAAAGAAAGACUCUUCAAAGCGUUGCAUUUUUCCUAUUUUUCCAUAAAGAUCAACAUCAAUCCCACCACUCCCACGACACCCUCCCGUCAAUCUUUACAUUGUCAUUUUUACACGCUCCUUUUGCUUUCCUUUGCUGCUCAGUCGACAGGACUCUUCCACAUAACUCCUAUUGUACCUGCAGGCCAACAUCGCGUAAAACGCGUUUUACUAGACUUCCGAUGCCUACUAAGAAUAUUUUUCAUCCCAUGUACCAGGCAAAUUCGAUGAGCACAAAGUUGUUGCUCCCUCGGUGUGCCCGUGAUGAAUCAUAAUGAUCAGAGGCGUAGUCCGCAAAUUCAAACUACGAUUACCUUCGCAUUUCAGAAUUAUUCAUCGACUCCCAUCAUAAUGUAGCGUUGCCCUAAUAAAAGUAACUCCUUCCCUUCAACAUUGUGGUUAUGAUACUUUCUUUCGUACAAUCAAUUUCGGUUCAAUGCCGAGUUGUCUUUCCAAUGUAAAGCCUUGGUCAAGCAAGCAGUUCACGGCAAGACCGAGUACUUGAAGAGAUUGCAACAAAAUACGUUAUGUUGAAGUUGCUUUGAUAGUUGAAACAGCACUAGAUUCAUAUUUAUAUGAUAAUAAUUCUGUUCAACAAUUUUGUAUUUUUUAGACAAUAUAUAAUAAAGUCUAAGACAAGAAAGGUAGUACAAUUCCACAGAAGAACAGUUUGGGUGUAGUACUCGAAUCAUUCUCCUCGAGAUGGAGCUUCAUCUCAUGAUCAAGUGUCGCUGUUGCACUUGCAGCCAAAAGCCACAAUUGUAACACAAAAGUCCAAGAUUUUCUGAACAAGGCCUGGAAACGUUCGGCGUCGAGCUUAGUG